ACCAAACUGUGCAUCUUCUAGGACAUUGAACAACUUUCUUCGACAUGGAUAGUCUUCGGCUGUUGGUUCAAGAAGAAGGAAGGGCAGCUCGAAAUGUGGUCGCCUUCCAUGUUGAUCUUUCAAAACCGAACGAUCUUGGUAAAGUAACACGAAAGCCACCGACCUCGCCUAGGCUGCCCACAUCGUUGGCAUACCCGGACUCUGGCCCUCCUAGCAGGUUGCACAAGAGAGGCACCAGAGCGAGCAGCAAAACUGGAUCAAGAGUUAGAUCAGCUUCUACUGGACGAGAUAAGAAAUCAGAACUGCAGGCACGCUACUGGGCAUUCUUAUUUGGCAACUUGCAACGUGCAGUGGACGAGAUCUAUCAAACAUGUGAAAUGGACGAGAGUGUUUCCGAAUGCAAGGAAGCAAUAUUGGUUCUUGAAAACUUCACUAGAGACUUCCACAAUCUGAUUGAAUGGUUCAAGCUGAAGUGGGAGUAUGAGAACACCCCUCCGCCACAGAGGCCCACCUCUUUAGCAUGGGAAGUUCGAAAAUCGUCUCCUGGAAAGAUGCAUUCUACUACUGGACACACUGUUGCUGACCUCUCCAGCAAAACUAAUGGAAAAGAGUCGACUGUUAAAAGGCAAAUCCAGUUUUGUACAAUCGAUGACGGGGUGGAGACUACGGAAGCUUCCAAACCUCUGGCAUUAUCAUUCGGGGAUGUCGAUUUCGAAAAACAUUUGCCUGAGUCUGAAAACACCGUUACAAAACUUUCUGAAGAAGUCGUAAAUGAGAACUUGGUAACCAAACCAGUUGAUCUGCUAAACAAAUCGGACCAAUCUUCUCAAACUGAUGCAAAUGAGACGACUGUGACGAAAAGCACUACUAGGAUUAGUCAACCCAAUAUGAGUCCUCCUUCCAAAAAAGUACCGAGCAGUAAUGCACCUAAUAAAUCCGGCAGCUGUACUUCAAAUACAGGCAAACAAUCAUGCCCCAACUCCAACAUUCCAAACCAAAUUGCUACUACGAAUGGAACCACCAGUCAGCCACCCAGCAAUAAAGCUGCAGCAGUGAAUAGUGUAGUUACAAGUUCGAAGAACUCUCAAACGACUGCUGUAAAUGGUGGUAAAAUAAACCCAGCUUACGGUACCGGUAGAAAUGUGUCAGCUCCUGUAUUUGUACCCGGCAAAAAGAAUCAGUCAAAGUCUGGGAAUGCAUCUCAAAGUGACAAAUCCACAAAUAAAGUAGGUACCACGGGAUCUAAUCAAGUUAAACCUAAAUCUGGCGCUGUUAAUGAGAACAGUACCAAGGCACCUGUACAAGAAAGUCUGAAGAAAGAUAAGAAAAUAGGUGUUCAAUGUGAAAAAGAAUCUUCUGAUUCAAUCAAUGUUAACAACUUGAAAACUCAAACAACCCACGCUAGAUCCUCAACAAUUCCAGCUAAGAAAUUGGAAGUUUUGAUUGGUAAUGAUGUAGGAUCGAGUAAUAGUAAUAGUACAUGUAGCAGUUUGACUAGUGUUGUUGCUAUUGAACUGGAGUCUGAAGAAAGUAGCUCCUUGGUUCAGAAAAAGGAUAAAAUAGAAGUUAAAACUGUGGAUAAAACACCUGUAUCGUCAUCCCCUAUUGAUAAGAUUGAUGUUGAAAAUAGCCCUGUUUCAACUGAUCAACAUAUCAACUCUGCAGUGAGCGUUACAAAUGAAUCGAAAACUGAUGAACCACAAAAAGUGCCAGAAAAGCCUUCAUCAACUACUAAAAAUGACGAGAAAUCAAUUUCAACUGUCAAAGAAAAAAGUACCACAGCAUCUCAAACAAGUCCCAUUACUAAUCAGUCGAUUAGUGUUUCCGGUCAAAGUGUUUCCAAAUCUAAUGAAAGUUUAUCAGUUGCAAAGUGUAAGGAAACUAGAGACACCACAACGAAACCAGCUUAUUCGGCCAUUUCAAAACUAGGUCGUAGUCAAACGUCAGUUGAAAUGCGGUCAUCACGAUUUUCUUACACAAAGGGAAAACCUGCUCCUUUUAAGGGUCUUGCCUCUGGACCUCAAGGGCUGGAAUCGAGUAGAAUAAAAUCAGCGCCUGCGAGUGGAAGGGAAAGGCAGAAUGCAUCAAAGCAGCCUCAACAUCAGAGCAAUUCUUCCCUGACGGCAUCAUCUGCGCAAGCUAAUAACUCUAGCAGGCGUUCUGUCAAAGAUGAAGACGGCUGGGAAACGGUGAAAGGCAAAUCGUCAAGAUGGCGGUCGAACCCGCUGUCGCAGAGCUCGGGCAACAUAAAGUUGUCGCCGAAUCAGCCGCUGCAUCAGAAGAGCGCCACUGUCGCCAGCCGGUUCCACCUGCCAAGUCCUGCCACCUCUCUGCCCGCCCUGGCGCUGGCCUCCGCUCCGUCCGACGCGAAGCCAGCUGUCAAGCACAGAAAGGAGCGCAGGAACGCCGAGAUCAAGAACAACAAGCCGUCACCCAAUAACAAGAGUGAGACCACCAAGAGCAAAACUAACCCGCCGUCCAAAGUGCCGUCAAGCAGUUUGAGGAUUCUGGAUAAUAGUAAAAUAUGUUCAAUGGGCGACAUUGAGAUAUGCGACGGCUGGGAAACGGUGAAAGGCAAAUCGUCAAGAUGGCGGUCAAACCCGCUGUCGCAGAGCUCGGGCAACAUAAAGUUGUCGCCGAAUCAGCCACUGCAUCAGAAGAGCGCCACUGUCGCCAGCCGGUUCCACCUGCCAAGUCCUGCCACCUCUCUGCCCGCCCUGGCGCUGGUCUCCGCUCCGUCCGACGCGAAGCCAGCUGUCAAGCACAGAAAGGAGCGCAGGAACGCCGAGAUCAAGAACAACAAACCGUCGCCCAAUAACAAGAGUGAGACCACCAAGAGCAAAACUAACCCGCCGUCCAAAGUGCCGUCAAGGAAGAAUAGCUUUUCUGGCUUGUUUGUUUCCAAGCUGGAAGUUGAAAGAAUGUUUGAAGAGGAUUUGAGGAAGAGUCGUGAAUUGUUCGAGACUGAGCUCCUACUCACCAGAGAAAUUAGAGAUCUUGAGGUUGAUACGGAGACUGAUGGAACAGAAACGGAUGGUGAGCUGACUGAAACUAAUGGAACUGAAGAAGACGACACUGAUAACACAUCAAGCUGUAAAGAUUUCAAUUCUCUAAUCCACCCAGGACUUUCGUGGGCUGAUCAGAUGGAAACUUUGGAAAAGCUAGAAGCGUUGAUGGCGCAAGAUAGCUCCAGUAAAGGCAUGAGUUGGCCGAGCCGCAUCUGCUCGCUGGAACAGCUGGAGGAGCUAGUGGCUCGACACCCGGGUCGCGCCAUCGAGCUGCACCAGAAACUGUCAUCGCCGUCGCGACGCCGCACCCUGCCCGACACCAUCCGCCGCCAUCACGCCCGCCAGGCGUCCGCGCGCCAGAAGCGCGAACAGCUCCUGCUCGACAAGACCGCCAAACUCAGGGAGCUGCUCAGUAAGGUGGGAGAAGUGAAAGCGGCGCAACUGCAGCUGACGGAGGACCGGCGCGCUCGCCUGGAGGACAAGCUGAAGCGCGCCGAGGAGAAGCGCAACCUGCACCUGAGCAGCAUCCGGCGCAAGGCGCACGACGAGGAGGAGAAGCUCAGGGAGAUCGCGUUCAUCAACGAGCUCGAAGCGCAGAACAAGAGGCAUGACUUCAUGGCUCUCUGCCAGGAACAAGAAGAACGCUUACAAGGAAUUCUAGAAGAGAGACAAAGAAGGCAAGAAGAGAAAGCUGCUAAGGAAGCUGCCGUGGAAGAAAGAAAACGAGCCCUGGAAGCUGAACGACAGGAAAAACUUGAAAAGAUGCAAGAACGACGCAGAAAAAGAGAAGAAAGGAUUGGCAGAGAAAAGCAAGAGAAAGAGAAAGAACGACUUGAAAUAGCUCAUGAAAAAGCAAGAGAUCGCGACUUGAGGCUUCAAGCACUGCAAGCAGCCCAUGAAGCGAAUGUCGAAGAGCUGCAGAAGAAAAUUCAACAGAAGCAAGAGGAUUCGGCCAGAAGGCAUGAGGAGAAUAUUGAGCAGAUUCGACAACGUGCCUUGGAGACUGCUGCGCUCAAGACUUUGACUGAAGACGAAGCACCUCGACUAGCGCCUUAUGAAACCAAGAAACUUUGUGUGCCUUGCAAUGUACUUAUUGAGUCAGAAGUGUACCUUAUUAGUCACCUGAGAGGCCGUCCCCAUCAGGAGGCCAUCAAAGUGUCGAAUGUGUCGGGCAACGCAGUUAUAGUCGAUGCACCUCUUGGAAAGGUCUCGCAAAACUCAAAACUAUCCCAGGACAGAGAACGACAGAAGGCUCUGCGAAAGAGAUGUAAAAAGAUUCGUUCCAGAAUGUCGCAAAGGGGGGCAGAGUACGAGAGUAAACAGGGCGGGGGCAAUGGAGGGGGGCCGGCGAAUGUGCCCUCGGGCAAGGGGCGCAUGAUGAAGUGCCUGCGGGAGGUGGAGCGACUGCACACUAGCCAGGGCCAGGGCCAGUGGCCCAACAACGCCAUCACGCAGCUCGAGCGCAGUCUCGCCGAGAUCAAUCGCAUUCUCACUAAAAAGAUUGCAGCCGAUCAAAUGGUAUUUAGAGAACUAAAUGGAUUCACCAUCUUGAACAAUAUCCUCAACCUAGGACUUGAUGUUGCUAAGAACAUGAAACCAUACAUUCCACCCAAAUGCUUGGUAACAACUUGUACUUCAUAUUUGCUGGCUUGCCAAGAAAAUGCUGACAACUCGAAGUAUGUCAUUCUCAGUGAUAAAAUUACUCUUGUGCUCGAUUUGCUUCAGAAGCAGCUUGAUAUUCUUAUCCCAGAGCAUUGGACUGGUACAAGAUCCACUACAUCACUGACUGUUGAUCCUCUUGCUGGUGCUCUGAUGCGUCUGGUUGCCGUUGUUCUUGAUAAUGCGGGAGAAAUUUCAAAUUCGAACACAAAUAAUAAACAAUCUUCUCUCUCUGAAGACCUUGCACCAGCCCUUCAAGAUGUCAUAAGUUACUCAGUGAGCAUUGGAACCGUGGAUCGGUUGGCAGUGUACUGCGGUGGAGUGCGCGACCCAGUCGAUGACGACCCACACACCGCCUCAUUCCUCCUCUCUGCCAUCCAACUCAUAACGGCAUUCUCAAGCCUUCGAUCGGGCUGCACAAACAGCAACAGCGCCGUGGACCCGACGCAGCUGGUGGCAACAUUGCGUGCGACUGAGCUGAUGGGCGCCGUGUCGCUGCUCUAUGGCAUGCUGAUGCAUCAGGGCGCCCCACCCCCCGCCACGCCUCCGCCCCCCCUACCCACGCACACUCUCGCCGUCGCCGCAGCCACCGUCAAGCUGCUCAACACCACUGCCAAAAUGCAUCUGCCCAUGUUUCAGAGUGUAGUUGAAUCAGAAGGCCUGUCUCUGCAGUUCCGACACAUUGCCAGCUAUUUGCUGUGGUACUGCACCGGCCAGCACCAGCAAAUCCUGCUACACCAGCUCGUGCCUCUCAUCGGCUAUUUCGCCAUCAAUCACAGAGACAACCAAAUGAUGUUGCAGUCUGGAGCCACGCCGACUGUUCUCCAGCAGCUGUGCAGUCUGCCGUUCGAAUACUUCAGCAAACCGGAACUCAGCCAAGUGCUGUUUCCCACUCUGCUCGCCUGCUGCAAGGACAACGCUGACAACAAAGCCAUUCUCGAACAAGAACUCACCUAUCAGAUGCUGGAGGACUUUCUCAAAACUUGCAAGUCCAAAGACAAGAACAACAGAAAUCUAUUGAUAGAUCUUAUAUUGAAGUGAAGGUCAAGCUAGAUAAUUAUUAUAUUUAGUUGUUUGUAAUUAUUCCAACAAUAUCUCACCUUGAACAUUUACCACCAACAAUCAGUGCUUACUAUUCAAAUAUAAUAUUUAUUAUAAUGAAACAGAUUAAUCACUAUAUUGAAAUGGCAGUUAGUAGUAUGAUUCUGAGUAAAAGGAACAAAAGUAUAUUAGUUCAUCAGCUGCACAGAGGUCAAUUCUUUGUCUUCUUUGAUAUACUAUUUUGAAAAAACAAUGAAAAAUUUCUUAAGAAAGUUUUGGCGUCUUUUGUGAAAACUUGACGCCUUUAAACUAUUCAUUUAAUUAAAUGUUACAAUUUUCUCAAGUGCAUAAUCUUGAAAGCUGAUACAAUAACUCAUUUCGUUACCAUAAUUCUGUAUUGAACAUAAUUAUCUAGAGAAUGAUAUAUGGAAAGUAUAAUUUGAUGGUUUUAUUUGUGAUUGUAGAAUUUUUAAUAUUUAUUAUGUAUUUCUCAAUUAUUGUACUUAUCUUCAAGUGAAUGGGAAACUACAUUUUAGUUAUUCAAUCAUUUUUCUAUAAUUAUCAGGCCUGGCCAACGAGAAUGUGCAACCUUAAUAGGAUGAUUUUUGUAUUUUUAGGAUUAGUAGAGUUUCGGAAUUUCAUACCUUAAUGUAUUAAAAAUCGUAUUAUCCAUUGUCUAGAAUAUUAUAUUUUUUACAAUAGUAUUUAUUUUCAACUCUAACUGAAGCAGCAUAAUAAAUUUAAUGUGCAUGAAGAUGAGGUGAAAUAUUUAAACCUCAUUAAUGUACUUGACUGAUGAAUAACAAAUAAUUCUCUAUUUAUUAGAUACGCACAUAUUAUAUCAGGUAAUCUACUGAAAAAAAUUAAUUGAAAAUUUUUAUUCACUAUGAGGAUAUUUUUAUUGAAUAAUAAUUAUCAAUUUGUUCAUUAUAUUUUGAGUAAUAGGCCUGCUGGGAGUUAUCCUGACUUGCACUGUUUCAAUGUUCAUAAUAUCAUGAGGACGAUUUGAAGUCAAUUAAUCAGUUAUGAAUAAUAGAUGAAGGUUCAAUUAUUCUCAUUAAAAUAUACAUCAUAAAUAAUGUGAACGUUCAUACAGUGAUAAAGCAGUCUAAAUCUGAAAAGGUACACCUAUCGUAUUGAUUAAUAGAUCAAAGAAAAAAAUGAGAAGUCAUUAACCUGGCUAAGUUUGUUCGAAUGACACAACUUUCAACUUCCAAUCCUUCUUUAUCACGCACACGCCUCAAAUCUGCAUCAUGAGAACUUAUAAAUUUUUAUUUCAUUAGAAUUAUAGAUACUAAUUAUUGAUAUAGAAAUAAUUUGACUUUAGUUCCUAACCCAACGUUGAUUUAAGAGGUGAAAACUUUAGUAAGAACUUUAGUGUAGUGAUCUUAUGAUCUAAUAUUAUGCUUAUCGAAUUCGCAUCCACACUACCACUUUUUAGAGUCUCAUAAAUUUCCAGUGCAACAGUAUUAUAAUAUUGAUUCUAGUGAUAAGAGGCUAUUAAAAUAGUUCUCGUAUUAACCUAUUCUAAUCUCUUCGCACUGAUAAAUAAACAUUAGAUUUAGAGCAUAAUUUUCUAAUUUUUAUCACAGUCAAAAGUGUCAAUGAAUGACACAUUUUUGUUAGUGUUAUUCACAAUAUUAUAUUGUAUUUCGUUAAUAAAUUCAAUUUUUAUAU